UCUCCACCGCUACUGCAUACAAGGAAUUCCCUUAUUCCUGAUGACUAUUUUUCAAAUGAAACCCUCAAUCUUUCUCUGAUUUCCUCACUAUUCUCUACCAAAACAAAAGACUCCUUAUAUGAGCAUUAUUCCCCAUUGUGUGUACGUGACCUUAACACAAAGAGUGGCUCCCUCUUCCUCCUCCAUCAUGGAGGAUGCCGCCGCGUGGACGUACGCCAUGUUGCCAAACAGCGACUCCACCACGACCCCCUCCCCCGCUCAAACGACCAAAGCUCGUGUCAAUUUUCCCGCCGAAAUGUCAUCGACGGAGGACAACAAUUAUUAUGACAGACCGUCCACGUUAAUGACCCGAAGGUAUCGCAGCAUGAGCGCCUGGAGCGAGCUGAGCUCCUCCUGGAAAUGGGACGAGAGGGUCCGGGUCGAAUACUACGUCAAUGAAAACACAUUUAAGGAACGACUGCAAAUUUAUUUUAUUAAAAAUCAAAGAUCUAGUCUUAGGAUACGUAUAGUCAAUUUAUUUUUAAAACUGCUUACGUGCGCCCUGUACAUUAUAAGGGUGAUUACGGACCUGGACCCCACCUAUGCAACGUGUUAUGGCUGUGUACCGAGCAACAAAACGGAGUACAUCCUCUCGGCUAACUUGACGGAGGAAAAGUUCCAGGAGAACCCGAUAAUUAAUUGGGACGCCAUCUUGUGGGUGAAGCGCCCGUUGGAGUUGUGGGUGGUGCAGGUGGUACUGGCCAUAGUUAGUCUGGGCGAGUCCAUUUUGUUGGCCUAUCUGGGUUAUAAGGGUAAUAUAUGGCAGCAGUUGUUGUCCUUUCAUUUCGUUUUGGAAAUAAUGAACACGGUACCGUUUACGUUCACGAUUUUCUAUUCGCCCUUACGCACCAUGUUCAUUCCGGUCUUUUUAAACUGUUGGCUGGCCAAACGUUCUUUGGAAAAUAUGUUCAACGACUUGCACAGGGCGAUGCAGCGCUCCCAAUCCGCCCUUUCUCAACAGUUGACCAUCCUUUCGGCCACCCUCAUUUGUUUAGUGUUCACCAGCGUCUGCGGUAUCCAACAUUUCCAGAGGGCAGGGCACAGACAUUUGAACCUAUUCCAGGCCACCUACUACGUGGUGGUGACCUUUUCCACGGUGGGCUACGGAGAUUUCGUUCCAGAUAUUUGGCCUUCCCAGUUGUACAUGGUGAUCAUGAUUUGCGUGGCCUUAAUAGUGUUGCCUACUCAAUUUGAACAGUUGGCCUUCACGUGGAUGGAAAGACAGAAACUGGGAGGAUCUUACUCCUCCCAUCGUGCCCAGUCGGAGAAACACGUGGUGGUGUGCAGUACCAACUUGCACGCGGACACCAUCAUGGACUUCCUGAACGAGUUCUACGCCCACCCGCUGCUCCAGGACUACUACGUGGUGCUGUUGUCCCCCAUGGAGCUGGACACCACCAUGCGGAUGAUCCUGCAGGUGCCCAUAUGGGCGCAACGGGUGAUUUACAUCCAGGGCUCCUGUUUGAAGGACGGGGACUUGAUCAGGGCGAGAAUGAGCGAGGCGGAGGCCUGUUUUAUCCUGGCGGCGAGGAAUUACGCGGAUAAAACCGCCGCGGACGAGCACACGAUCCUUCGGAGUUGGGCGGUGAAAGAUUUCGCCCCGAACGUCGCCCAAUACGUGCAGAUUUUCCGGCCCGAGAAUAAAUUGCACGUGAAGUUCGCCGAGUUCGUGGUGUGCGAGGACGAGUUCAAAUACGCCCUUUUGGCGAACAAUUGCACCUGCCCCGGGGCCUCCACUUUGGUCACGUUGCUACUGCAUACGUCGAGGGGACAAGAAGGACAACAAUCGCAAGAAGAAUGGCAUCGGCUGUACGGCAGAUGCUCGGGCAACGAAAUCUACCACAUAGUGCUCGGAGACAGUCGUUUCUUCGGCGAGUACGAAGGCAAGAGUUUCACCUACGCGAGUUUCCACUCACAUCGAAAAUACGGGGUGGCCCUGAUCGGGGUGCGUCCCUCGGAACUGCCGGAGUUCUACGAGGACACCAUCCUCCUCAACCCCGGACCCAGACACAUAAUGAAGAAAAGCGACACCUGCUACUACAUGAGCAUCACCAAGGAGGAAAACUCCUCGUUUAGUGUCGCCAGCAAAGACCCUUCGAAAGCCACGACUACGGGCCUGGGAGGAGGAACAACAGGAACAAAAGAAGAACCCAAAACCACCGCGGGAGGAGGCCUAAACUUCACUGAUGGUACCGCACCCCCUCAGCUUAUACUGCAAGUGCCCACUUGUGUCAGCGGAGCUCCCCUGAGUGACUCCAAACAGUGCCUCAAAGAGUCCACCGGGUCAAUAUCCAUCGAUAUAUCGAUCACCGGGAACCAUUUGGACAUCCCCCGGACGGAAAACCCCAACUUCUUAUGCCCGGAAAUGUUGAACCAAAGAAGAAACUCCCGGAGACCGAGCAUAUUACCAGUGCCGGAUAUGUUUACCGGAAGUAGCCUAAACAUUUGCCACCAGGACACGGAACCGGAAGAGGGGGAUGAGAGUGAGGACGAGUUAGAGGACGACGUCCCGUGGCGCUCCCCUAGUGAGAAAAUUGCGUCUAGUCUGUCCGACGGUGACUCGUUGGACUCCACCGAUCGACCUGCAUGGCAUGACGAAUGCGUCCGACCCUCCCCCUUGAAUAUUCCAACUGGUUGUAGCAUCGUGAAAGGAUUCCCCCCGGUGUCCCCGUACAUUGGGGUCAGUCCCACCCUGUGCUACUUGUUAAAAGAGAAGAAACCCCUCUGUUGUCUUCAGUUGGCGCAGGUGUGCGAGCAUUGCAACUAUCGGAACGCCCGGGAGUACCAGUGGCAGAACAAGACGAUCAUCCUGGCGGCCGAUUUCGCCUCGAACGGGAUCUACAACUUCGUGAUCCCCCUGAGGGCCCAUUUUCGUCCCAAGACCUCCUUGAACCCGAUUAUUUUACUGCUGGAGAGACGACCCGACAUCGCCUUCCUAGACUCCAUCUCUUAUUUUCCAUUGAUUUAUUGGAUGUUGGGCUCGAUCGAUUGUCUCGACGAUCUGCUGAGGGCCGGAAUCACUUUGGCGGAAAACGUGGUGGUGGUUAAUAAAGAAUUGUCGAAUUCAGCCGAGGAGGAUUCUUUAGCGGACUGUAAUACGAUCGUGGCAGUCCAGACUAUGUUCAAGUUCUUCCCGAGCAUCAAGAGCAUCACCGAGUUGUCCCAGUCCUCGAAUAUGAGGUUCAUGCAAUUCCGGGCGCAUGACAAAUACGCCCUGCACCUGUCCAAGAUGGAGAAGAGAGAGAAAGAACGAGGAUCUCACAUCUCUUACAUGUUCCGGCUUCCGUUCGCGGCCGGAAGUGUUUUUAGCGCGAGCAUGUUGGACACCCUGUUGUACCAAGCGUUCGUCAAGGAUUACGUCAUCACUUUCGUGAGGUUGCUCCUGGGGGUGGACCAGGCGCCUGGAUCAGGAUUUUUAACUUCCAUGCGUAUAGGAAAGGAGGACAUGUGGAUCCGGACAUACGGUAGACUCUAUCAGAAACUGUGCAGUACCACCUGCGAGAUCCCCAUCGGGAUCUACCGCACCCAAGACACGACCUUGACCGACACGUCACACGUGAGUAUGCCAUCGUCCAAUUGGUCGAGCUGCGUGCGUGUGCCAUCGCUGGACGAGGACCUGGGUGGGGAUAGAGUGGGCGUGACCUAUCGGCCCAAGGAAGGAACCAAUUGCCUGGGCUGUGCCAACAGACGCAGCUCCAUGUACUCGAUUAAUAUGGCGGACGAGGCCAAGGACAACCACAACCAGCAGAUCGAGAGGGCCGAGAUCGCGAACCUCGUGCGUUCCCGCAUGGAGAGUCUCAAUUUGCCGACGAUCGACUAUAAUGACGUCAGCGAGAAGAGGAACAGUCUGUCCUACGUCAUCAUUAAUCCCAGCUGUGAUCUUAAGUUAGAAGAGGGUGAUAUCAUAUAUUUAGUGCGGCCCAGUCCGUUUUCGGCACAAAAAACCUUCGAGAGGCACAACAGUCGCAGAAAAUCGAACAUCAGCUUCUGCUCCCAGAACCUGCUGCAGCAGCUGGGGAACCUGGCGACCCAAACCGCUUCCAGACGGGGUUCGGGGUUGGGGCUGAGCGGCGGGUACCAACCGGCCCCCCGCCCUCCCCCCUUGUGCACCACCAAGUCCAACUCGCUGUCUCUGCCAGAGAGUCCGACGGUGGCCACUUACCAGAGGGGCAGAUCGAACUCACUCAGAGUCAUCGAUGACAUUUUAUUAAGAAGAUCGAACUCUCUAAGACAAGGUCUCCCGAACGUGGGCAACCCGCGACGCAAGAGCAGCCUCGAAGACAUCGGCCUCUCCCACUUUUCCACGAAAUUCCAGAACCCGAUUAAAAUCGCCCUUAACGACAGCAUCGGGCUCGAGGUGACCCCCCCGGAGGAAAACAGCCCGCCCCCCAUCAUGUCCAGUAACAGUGCCAUGGUGGUGAACGCGCCGCCGCCCCCGAUGGGCCCCCACGGGAGCACGUUGAGUUUGCAAUCGAUCGGGACGCCCUCUUUAGGCAUAGCGGCCCCUUCUUUUAUCGAGACCCCGUUGACGUCACAAGUGAAUCAGGGGCCGGAACAAUUGCAAGGGACCAUCGUAUGAUAUAACCUGAUGUGGGGGAAAAGGGGGAACAGCCUGAGGAAGAAGUGGCUGUAGUCACUCACCCCACCCCACAACCCCGCCACUGGCAACGAUAUGCGUUUUUAAUACGUCAUUCACCUUAUUAUCAUCGCACUCUAAUUUCUACUUUUCUAUACUGCGCGAGUGUUUUGUCUUUUUUUAUUUAUUUAAAUUGUCAAUAACCCAGGCAACACAUCAUAUAUUAUUAUCGGUAAAUACUCAUUUAUUCAACGAUUUUUUAUGGUAUAUUAUUUAUCAACCAUAAAUAGUCAAGAUAUAAUAGAAUAUACGUAUAUCAUAUACUAUUCUGUUUACAGAUGGGCAUUUAAAAAAAUUGACAUAGGAUUUCCAUAUUUAAUUUUUAAACUACACCUCAAAAUAUUUGAUGACAUUUUUCUGGAAAAAUCACUGUUUUUCAUCAAAACAACCCUUGCCCCCCCCACCCACCCCACACAACUUACCAGUAAGAAAUUCUUUGCAAAAAUCACCGUUUUUGUAUUAAACAUUUAUUAAUAUACAUAAAUAUAAUUAUAUCAAAUUUAAAUAAACAAACUGUGUUUUUUUAUUAGAUUAGAUAUGAAAAACAGUAAUUUUUCAAAACAAUUUCUAACUGGUAAACUGUGUGGGGUGGGUGGGGGGCUAAGGGUAAGCCUAAUGAAAAAUCGUUUUUUUGCAAAAAAUAAUUGGCUGAAAAAAAAUUAUUUUUAUGAAAAUUAUAGGGAAAAAAAAAAGUCUGUACUUUCUGUAUCUAUAAUUUUUUCACUGAACCUUAAAGUUUUGAACAAACUUCAGUUUUAUUCAAGCUUAAACUUUAAAGAAAAAAAUUAAAUUCAGCUGCCUAUAAUGCCUAUUUAAUUUGCAAAUAAUCUGUGACUGAUGAGACCUAAUGGUUCGAAACUUUCACGAUCAGUAGUCAAUAUACCAAGCUAGCUCUCCUAUAAAUUUCGCUAUUCUAGUUUAAUUAGUUUUUGAUUUAUUUAAAUUUGGAAAAAAUAAUAAUUUUUUUCAGAAAAUUAUUUUGUGCAAAAAUAAAAUUUUUUAAUUAUUCUACCCUUAGCCCCCCACCCACCCCACACACCUUACCAGUAAGAAAUUCUUUGGAAAAAUCACCGUUUUUGUAUUAAAUAUUUAUUAAUAUACUAAUAUAUAAAUAUAUAUAAAUUUAUAUAUAAUUAUAUAAAUUUUAAAUAAACAAACUGUGUUAUUAGAUUAGAUAUGAAAAAUAAUGAUUUUUGUAAACAAUUUCUCACUGGUAAGGUAUGUGGGGUGGGUGGGGGGGCAAGGGUAGGCCCAAUGAAAAACGUUUUUUUUUGCAGAAAAUAAUUCCCUGAAAAAAAAAACUUAAUUACUUUUUUCCAAAUUUAAAUAAAUUAAAAAUUAAUUAAGCUAAAUAAAUGCAAUUUAUAGGAGAGCUAGCUUGGUAUAUUAACUAUUGAUCGUGAAAGUUUCGAAUCAUUAGGCCUCAUCAGUUCAAAGUUAUUUGAGCCAAGAUACCUGUACUUUUUUAAUUAAUUUAUUCCAUAUUUAAUUUAAAUUAAUGAAGAAGUUUAAGAUUGAAUAAAUCAAGAACUAAUUAAGCUAGAAAAAUGAAAAUUAUAGGAGAGCUAGCUUGGUGUAUUGACUACUGAUCGUGAAAGUUUCGAACCAUUAGGUCUCAUCAGUCACAAAUUAUUGCAGAUUAAAUAGGCAUUAUAGGCAGCUGAAUUUAAUUUAUUUCUUCAAAGUUUAAGCUUGAAUAAAACUGAAGUUUGAUCAAAACUUUAAGGUUAAGUGAGAAAAGUAUAAAUACAAAAAAAAAACUUUUUAUUAAGACAACCCUUAGCCCCCCACCCACCCCACACACCUUACCAGUGAGAAAUUGUUUACAAAA